AUGCGUGCCCGAAUUGCCAAUUACACGGCCGAGAAGUUCUCUCAUAACUAUCACAGAUGGAACCUGAUUGCGAUGCCAGUGAACUCGACAACGAGACGUUCACGGCAGAAACGCGAUGGCGGACUCGUUUCUGGCCCGAUUGCCACGGCCGUAGUCACGGGGAAUGAUCGCCCGAACCGUGUCAGAGCUGACCAAUUUCAUCCAUCACAAUCCGAAGGAGGCUGUACGUGGUUUGGUACAGCCCCGUUAUGUAACUGGCCGUGCCCUUCCGAAUAUGACUUCAUUCGCAUGCAUAAUGGACGAUGUUCCAACAUGUGGUUCAGCGGUUUUUGUGUGCUGACGAUAGCUUCGGAAAACCGUGUUCAACAAUUCUUGGAAGCUACUUCUAUAAGCGUUUCUGCUGCA